AUGAAUCUCAGAUUCCACCAUGUGAAUUACCGGAGAAUCUUUGCAAUCGGAGAAGAACCAAGCAGGGUUAGGGUCACCGCAUACCGUAAACCAUGCGCUUUGAGGCAUAUUUUCAACGCCCUAGAUCCCGACGAAGUUGAACGGAUUCGAGGAUCGCAAUUUGGAAGGUUAUUGGAAAUAGCCGACAAACCAUCGUUCUCAGGGAGGUUUGGUAGAUAUAUUAUAUCUAGACAACUUAAAGUGUCGAAGAAGCAUGAAGCAUGGUUCGUCUUUGCCAAAAAACCGAUACGAUUUUCCCUUAGAGAAUUUGCGAUUGUGACAGGAUUAAACUGCGGGAGAUUUGCCAAAAGGUCUAAGAAGAGAUGCAAGAGUCAUAUAACGGAGAAACCAUACUGGGGAGAACUGUUCGGAACCCUUAAAGAGGUUCCUAUUUCAUCUGUUGUGAGGAUGUUGCAGAAGAAGACGGUGAAUGACAAGGAAAUUAGGCUGAAGUAUGCAUAUCUGUCAUUGCUGGCGGCUGUCAUAUUGCCGACGACCCAUACACCACGUAUUUCUCAUGACCAAGCUGAGUUAAUCAAAGACUUGGAUGCUUUUCUUGCAUUUCCUCGGGGGCGGGUCUCUUUUGAUAUGCUUAUGACCAGUAUUAAAGAGAGGAAGGAGGUUGCGCUCUUGCAAAACACAAUUGCCUUAAAAGGGUUUGUGUUAUCGUUGCAGCUAGUCAUGAUUGAAGCCGUUCCUGCUCUGACUGGGGUGGUUCAGGACGGUAGUUCUUCUGGAUCUGAAGAUGAAUCUGGAGAAGCUGACGGAGACAUUCUGGACGAUGACAAAUCAGACAAAAAGAGCAUUCACCCUGGGCAUGCUCGUGACAUAGACUCUGAGGGAAAGGCCGUCGUGCAUUCUAUUAUUCCUGAUGACAAUAACAUUGUCAACACAGCUGACGGCGUUGCUUGGUCAGACGACAAGGACGAGACCAUAGUGGAAAAUUUGGUUAACUUAGUUGAGGAGCGGUUUCCGUUCUCACAAACUUGCUUUCCUGGUGGUGUAUCUAUAGUGGAGGCAUUUAGGAUGCGUGACGAGGCAAAGGCGGAAGCUGUGAACCGAAAGAAUAGCAAGCCGAAGGCGACAUCUUCGACCAUAAUCCAAGAAGGUGUUGACCCUUAG